CGUCGGCAAUUCGUAACACUUUGCGAAUAGAGUGAACGUGAACUCGGCAGCCAUCAACCAACCAUCUUUUGUAAAAUAAGUCGAGAGAAUUGUAGUUGGGUGCAAGAGGUUUUCUUAUUCCGGUGAAGAAAUUACAGAAGAAUUAAAUUAAGAUGUCCAUGAUUUCUGCACGUUUGGCCUCGUCUGUGGCCCGCACAUUGCCAAAGGCUGCUACACAGGUCGCCUGCAAGGCUGCUUACCCUGCUGCUUCAUUGGCUGCACGUAAACUUCAUGUCUCGGCCACACAACGUAGCGCCGAGAUUUCUUCCAUUCUGGAGGAGCGCAUCUUGGGUGUUGCCCCCAAAGCCGAUUUGGAAGAGACCGGUCGUGUGUUGAGCAUUGGUGAUGGUAUUGCUCGCGUCUAUGGUUUGAAUAACAUCCAAGCCGAUGAGAUGGUGGAAUUCUCCUCUGGUCUGAAAGGUAUGGCUUUGAAUUUGGAACCUGACAACGUCGGUGUUGUCGUCUUCGGUAAUGACAAAUUGAUCAAGCAAGGUGAUAUUGUCAAGCGUACCGGUGCUAUUGUCGACGUACCAGUCGGUGAUCAAUUGUUGGGACGCGUCGUCGAUGCUUUGGGUAACGCCAUUGACGGUAAGGGAGCUAUCAACACCAAGGACCGUUUCCGUGUCGGUAUCAAGGCCCCCGGUAUCAUUCCCCGUGUAUCUGUGCGCGAACCUAUGCAGACUGGCAUCAAAGCCGUCGAUUCGUUGGUGCCAAUUGGCCGUGGUCAACGUGAGUUGAUCAUUGGUGACAGACAGACUGGCAAAACCGCUUUGGCUAUUGAUACCAUCAUCAACCAGAAGCGUUUCAACGAUGGACAGGAUGAAAGCAAGAAAUUGUACUGCAUCUACGUUGCCAUUGGUCAGAAACGUUCGACUGUCGCCCAGAUUGUGAAACGUUUAACCGAUGCUGGUGCCAUGAACUACUCUAUCAUUGUGUCGGCUACCGCCUCUGAUGCUGCUCCUCUGCAGUACUUGGCUCCCUACUCUGGCUGCGCCAUGGGUGAAUACUUCCGUGACAAGGGAAAGCACGCUUUGAUCAUUUAUGACGAUUUGUCGAAACAAGCUGUUGCUUACCGUCAAAUGUCCCUGUUGUUGCGUCGUCCACCAGGUCGUGAGGCCUACCCCGGUGAUGUGUUCUACUUGCACUCCCGUUUGUUGGAGCGUGCCGCCAAAAUGUCGCCCGCUAUGGGUGGUGGCUCUUUGACCGCCUUGCCCGUCAUUGAGACACAGGCUGGUGAUGUGUCCGCCUACAUUCCUACCAAUGUCAUCUCCAUCACUGACGGUCAGAUCUUCUUGGAAACUGAAUUGUUCUACAAGGGUAUCCGCCCAGCCAUUAACGUCGGUCUGUCUGUAUCCCGUGUCGGUUCAGCUGCCCAAACCAAGGCCAUGAAGCAGGUCGCUGGUUCCAUGAAAUUGGAAUUGGCUCAAUACCGUGAAGUCGCUGCUUUCGCCCAAUUCGGUUCCGAUUUGGAUGCUGCUACCCAACAAUUGUUGAACCGUGGUGUGCGUUUGACUGAAUUGUUGAAACAAGGUCAAUACGUGCCAAUGUCAAUUGAAGAUCAGGUUGCUGUCAUCUACUGCGGUGUACGCGGUCACUUGGACAAGAUGGAUCCCGCCAAGAUCACCAAGUUCGAAAAAGAGUUCUUGCAACACAUUAAGACCAACGAACAAGGACUGCUCGAUCAAAUCGCGAAGGAUGGUCAAAUCUCUGAGGCCUCCGAUGCCAAACUGAAGGAUAUUGUCUCAAAAUUCUUGUCGACUUUCCAGGGUUAAGUGAAGAUUUGCUGUGCAAAGCCAAGCUGAAUUAGUACAGUAGCAACAAUAACAGUUACACUAUUUCAUAAAUAGCAGCGAGAAAAAUACCAACAACAAAUGCAGGUCGCGUCAACAUAUAAUAAAAUUAUACACUAUAAACGUAAAGAUAAAGAACCAGAUAAAGCGAAGAGAAAAAAAACGAAAUUAAAUAAUUAUAAAAAAUAGAAAAACUCCAUUCAUGUUUCCUUUUUAUUACUUAAAUCUGCAUGUAUACGCAUCGUAAGCUUAUCAUAACCAAGGGACUCAAUUCGAAUAAAUUCUAUACGGUUGCUGAAUGUCUGCAGUAUUCGCUCUAACACGUAGCUGCCAACUUCGACGAGGUCACGUGCUGAAUAAGUGCGCAUAUAGUACAUUUAACGAGAGCGCUAAAAAAUUAGUUUGUGUUCUAUGUGUGCCACAAAUUCGGCACUUGACUUCUUAAAAGCGUAUUUUUCGAAAUUAUUGAAGUAUUUAUAACAAUAAAUUACACGGCAUUAAACUAAAAUUAUUCUUAGGUGAUACAGUCAAAUAACUAGUUAUUGUCAUGCGAAAAAAGUAAUAAAGUGAGGUUAAAACAAAAAUAAAAUAUUUAUUUACUUAAAA